AUAAAUACUUAAGAAGUAAUUAACUAAUCUAGAAACUGGUGAUUAAAAAUAGGAAGGAGCAAAAAAUCAGAAAGGGGUAAAAGGAAACAAAAUUGAUUUCUGUUCUCUUAUUGCUACUACAGAAAGUAAAAGUAAACCAGGUAUAAGUAGACAAUCUGUGCCUCUGUGUCAUUAGCCGUACACCACAGAUUGUAUGUAGGGAAAACUUCUGCAUUUGUUUGAAAAUGAGUACCAACCCUGCAGGUGAAGCUCCAGAAUUUCAAACUCCAUGGAGGGCAGUGACUUGGGGGAAAGGAAAGAAAGACUCUUUAAUACUUGGCAUCAGACAAAUCCAACCAUCCAUAACAAAUCUGAAAUGCUUGAGAGUGAUAGUGGUCGGCCCAUCUGGUUCAGGAAAAUCAAGUUUUAUAAACUCUGUUAAUAAUGCCUUCCAAGGACGAAUAACUAGCAAUGUGUUCAGUGAUUCCGCUGCUGGUGGUGAAAGUUACACAAGGGAACAGUACAGAGAAUUUAAAAUGAAAAUUGGGAAUUCAAAAUUGCCCAUUGUCUUCAAUUAUGUCAUGGGCCUGGAAGCAGAAGACAAGAAAGGAUGCCAUCCGGAUGAUAUCAUCCAAGCCAUAAAUGGCAACAUAAAAAAUGGAUAUGAGUUUAAUCCUGAAAAACCAAUAUCUCCAGAAGACCCAUACUAUAAUAAAGACCCAGAUCUCUCUGAUGAGGUCUACUGCCUGGUCUAUGUUUUAGCAGCUGAUAAGGUCAAGUUGGCGCAGGAUGAUAUUUUAAAGAAGCUGAGAAACAUUCGUCUGAAAAUUACCAAGACUAUCGGGUUGCCUCAGGUGGUUGUCAUGACAAACGUGGAUCAAGUGUGUCCUGUGGUGAAAAACAAUUUUUUGAGGGUCUACCACAGCAAGAGAAUUAAGGAGAAGAUGGAAUUGUGCAGCAGUUCACUGGGGCUUCCAAUGUGUCACAUCUUUCCAGUGAAGAACUACCAUGAAGAAAUUGAAUCAAAUGACAACCUGGAUGUUCUGAUUUUACAAGCAUUAACACAAAUUAUACAACUUGCUAAUGACCAUGUAGAGAUUCACGUAGAAAACAAAGACACACAAAAUGUGAGAGAGAAACAACCAAAAUCUGAGUGAGAAAUUGUGAAGAUUUGGGAACUAUACAUUUAUUAUGGUGGUUUACAACACCACACAUUUAGUGUAUUAAUAUGUUGAUUAAAAUUGCAUAUUUUAUUUUUAAUCAGUGAUAGUUAAUUUUACACAAAUAUAAUCUGUUAGAAUAAUGAUUUUGAAGCCAGUGUAGCAUGAUUUAGUGUUGAGGAUAAAAUCUAAAGAAGUUUGAUUUCCACUUUCCAUACAUGAAAAUGUACUGUUUUAUGUGUUGUAAUUUCAAAUGAAAAAAUAAAUGAAUAUGAACU